GGCAUGGGAGAGUUCCAGCCUCCUGCUGUGUGCACGUCUCCAUGGAAAGGCUGCUCAAUCAUACAGCACCUAACAGACCUCGUAUCAGCUGCUCGCUCCUGCAACGUUCGUAAGCUGCUGUCCAUCAGGAAAAGUAAUUAGUUGGUUUAUUAUGUAUGGAAGCGACAGCCUAUCACUGAAUCCUCACGGUGAAUAGCUUCUGUAAUGCACUUGUCUGUGCCUUCCGCCUGGUGCUGUCCACAUUGCUGCUGUCAGGACUGUUGUUGCUUUUCAGGGAUUUGCCCAUGUACACUGUGCACUUCCAAGAAAGAAAGGAAACAAGAGGAAGCACAUCAUCUGUGCCUGAGAGGUACAUCAAGCACCAGGGUAGGAAACCUUGAAGAAUGUGGGAAAAGUUCAAGAAGAACUGUGCUCAGAAAUCUGACAAUGACAUCAAUCUUGUGACAAAUGCAUUUUCUCCUUGUAACCAAUUUCUUGCUAGAACUGAUGGCUCCACAUUUUAUCCACACUGACCUGGUAUUUACUUGGUAAGCUAGAAUUAAGGAGAAUUAGACAAGGGAAGCUGCACAUUCCAGGAGCAUUAUGUUUUUAUUGAAAUUUUAAUGUGUCCUGAACGUGAUUAUGUGGGGUCAGUGCUUAUCCUUUUUAUCAUAACAACACCUACAUAUCUGGAUUUCCUUGUGAAAGACAAUGGAUUUAAGACACUGCUAACAGCAGGGAAAUCUCUUUUGCACAAGAUUCUUGACAGGCAACUCUGGAAGCAAAAUAAAGACAAUUAAAAAAGCUUUAAAUCAGGCAGAGAAUGUGCAACUACAAGGAGUUGGAUGCUGAGAAACAAGAAAGAGAGUGAAUGUGCAGGAGCCAUUGUGAGAACUCACUGCUUACCUGCAACAUCGUUGCACCGGCUGUCAGAAACAAGACAAAUGAACUGCAAUCCACAUCCUUUAGGAUCCUGCUUAGCUGGUCAUUGUCAACAUUGUUAGGAUAAGGGAGGACUAUGGAUCCAAACUCCACCACUCUGAACCCCACUAACGGGACAAAUGCUCUCAAAGCUCACAGCCUGUGGGAGGUUAUUACUAUUGCCACAGUCAGCGCCGUAGUUAGUCUCAUCACAAUUGUGGGCAAUAUCCUAGUGAUGGUGUCAUUUAAGGUAAACAGUCAGCUGAAGACUGUGAACAACUAUUACCUUCUAAGCCUUGCCUGUGCAGACCUCAUUAUUGGCAUAUUCUCCAUGAAUCUGUACACUUCCUACAUUUUGAUUGGCCACUGGUCCCUAGGCAGCCUGGCAUGUGAUCUGUGGCUUGCUUUGGAUUAUGUAGCAAGUAAUGCAUCAGUGAUGAACCUGCUGGUCAUUAGUUUUGACAGGUAUUUUUCUAUAACAAGACCAUUAACAUACAGAGCAAAGCGUACACCUAAGAGAGCUGGGAUUAUGAUUGGACUGGCCUGGUUAAUUUCUUUCAUCCUGUGGGCCCCUGCUAUCCUCUGUUGGCAGUAUUUUGUAGGAGAACGCACAGUGCCCUCAGAGGAAUGUCAAAUACAGUUCCUGUAUGAACCAAUAAUUACCUUCGGCACGGCCAUUGCUGCCUUUUACAUUCCAGUGUCAGUGAUGACCAUUCUGUACUGCCGUAUCUAUAAGGAGACAGAGAAGCGCACCAAAGAUCUGGCUGAGCUUCAAGGUUCUGAAUCAGUGGCAGAUUUUGAAAUGAUAAGGCCACAAGGAGCUCUACUUAAAUCCUGCUUUAGCUGCAAGCAGCAACCUCUCACCAAAAGAGAGCGGUGUCAGGCUUCUUGGUCAUCAUCCAGUCGCAGUACUUCUGCCACUGUCAAGAUCUCCCACAGUUCCAAUAUUUCCAAUGAGUGGGUGAAAGAAGACCAGCUGACCACAUGCAGCAGCUACCCUUCCUCGGAUGAUGAGGACAAACAUGCUAAGGAAGGUGUCUUCCAGGGUGCCUACAAGAACCAAGCUGCAGCACAAAAAGAGGAGGAAACCAAACACAUUCUCACAAAAGAGCAACCAGUACUUAAUGAAUAUGAUAGUGAAAGAUUCUUCUUAACCCCAAAUAAAGCACAUACACAGAAAAGUCAAAAGUGUGUCUCCUAUAAGUUUAGAAUUGUUGUGAAUGACGAUGGCUCUCAGGAAGUAAAUAAUGGAUGCAGAAAAGUAAAAAUCACUCCCUGCUCUUCAAUGUCCAAAGCACACUCUUUGCGUAGCAUGGACCCUAGCUUCAGUAAUCAUAUCACCAAGCGCAAAAGGAUGGUUCUUAUUAAGGAACGUAAAGCAGCACAGACACUAAGUGCUAUUCUUCUAGCUUUUAUCAUCACUUGGACUCCUUACAAUAUCAUGGUUCUGGUGUCUACUUUUUGUUCUGACUGUAUCCCCUCCACUCUAUGGCACCUGGGCUACUGGUUGUGCUAUGUCAAUAGCACAGUUAAUCCUAUUUGCUAUGCCCUGUGCAACAAAACCUUCCGCAAGACUUUUAAAAUGUUGUUGCUUUGCCGUUGGAAGAAAAAAAGUGUGGAAGAUAAACUUUAUUGGUAUGGGCAGCAUCCACCCAGCCACAACAAACUGCCAUGAAUGCGUUUAUAUCAAGGAAGUAUAAUGGCAAGAGUAUGGGCCAUGGUGCUGUCAGGACCGCAGUGGGCAUGGGGACUACUAUGCAGCUCAGCUUCAAAUCCUUGUGGAGCUGGUACUUCCCCUUUUAUGGACUGUUGACCUUACAGCUGUGUUUGGCCAGUGAUGUGUAUGUGUUCGUGGUGUACAGUUAAAAAAAACAAAAAACACCCGAACAAGAAUCCCUGUUUAGCCAAAGCAGGCCCAGAAGUCUCUUAAUGCCUUUUGAUAUAGCCUGGUUAUAGAGCUGCUGCAUUGUUUUGGCUUUAUGAGAACUCAUCACAGUGAAAUAU